GUAAAACUUAGUGUCCUGUUAUCACUGUCUCCUUGGGAGUUGCCAUGAGUAAUCCAGUGGGGUAAGGACAUUACAUGUUGUCUAAUGUACACGGCUGGCUUUAGAGUGGAUGUUGAUGCUGAGUCAUGUGUUGUAGAGUUGAUGCACAGUCUUUCCAAACCGAAGAAGAAGACCCUGAAGGCGAGCAGCUCUGCUUGAAGAUCAAAGCUCUUUUGGAGGAUCUGUUCUCUGACAGUCACCUGGCGGAAGACGGCUUCCUGCUGAAGCAUGUGCAGAAGAACAAGCAGGGCUACGUCAGUCUCAAGCUUCUCACUUGUUUGAAAAAGGUAAAAGCCCUGACCGCGAACUGGUACAUGACUCUAGCGGGAGCGGCACACUCGGACCUUCUGGAAGUGAACGACGAAUUUACCAAAGUGAGACGUGUGCAGCCGCUUCCCAGAUGGCUGCUGUGUUCUCCCACCAGCAAGCUCCUCCUCGUCUGGAACUUUUCUGAGGAGCGAAGUGAAGACGAAGACGCAGAGGAGCAUCCUUCGCUGUCGGAGAAGAUUCUCCAGAAGUUCAGUGUUCAUGGCGCCGUUACCUCAGUCUGGGUCCUGCUCCCCGGUGAGGAGCUCCCCAGGGAGCUGCAGUGCUAUGCCAAGCGGCACAAGGAGCUGGGCCAGCAUUUGUGUGCAGUGGUUAAGUUUGAUAGUUUGGAGGCGGUUCGUAAGGCCUACAACGCCCUGAAAGCAGAAGAGGAGCAAUCUGACGGGAAGGCCAUGUGUGUGGUGUCUCUGGGAUUCCAGUCAACGCGUCACUUCCCCAAAGAGGAAUCACCAGAAGAGGAGAACAGGGACCAGCCUGGAGAGGACACACCUUCUCAAGAAAAUGCACCCGAAAUAAUCAAUGAUUUAGUACAGCAGAAACCACCCUCCUCACCAGUUAAGGUUCCUGAUGAAACCCCGGACGCAUAUCAGAGCCAGACAUCUUUGGAUAUCUGCACGGAAGACUCCUCUGACCAGAUUGUCCCCAGAUGCAAAGUCCAGUCUGGUUCGAAUCAGAGGUAUAGUAAGAUGAGCUUGUGCUCUGGAGACGCAAAGGAGUAUUCCUGCAGCCCGUGGGUGCUCAGGCGCAGAUUUGAGGCAUUGAACCCAAAGGGGGCAGGCCACCUGAAAGCACUGUCCUCGACGCAGAAGGUGCUGCGUCAGCCCCUCGGCCCCGACGGCACGGGCGGGUUUCAGCGCAGAGUCAAGUCACUGCAGCAGGAGGAGAUACGGCUCCCGUGUAUAAUGUGAAGCAACACUUUACUACAAGAGAACUAAAGCUCACAAAGUACAUAAAAUAUAUUUUACAUUAAACAACCAAAUCUUU